ACAUAAUGCUGCUUGAGAUCUCUUCAUGUCCACAGAUGUAGAUACACACACACACAUGCUACUAUAAACACAUGGGACACACACAAUCUUGGAUUUGACAGGUCAACAUCGUAUUUUAUUUACAUCAACAGAUAAUCAUUUGUGAGAGUCUGUAUGUGAGUGAAUGUGCAGCAUUCAGCAAGCAGUCUGCGGGUUACAUCAUCCUGUAGUUUUUUCUUAUCACGUGAGAACACCUGGGACUAGGAAUUGCUAUUUGAGAGAGAGUUCUAGACAUUUGGCUUACACAUUUCUGAAGUUCAUCAGAACACAGUGGCAGACGGCACUUCCCAUGGCCACCAUUCAGUCCCUGUUAAGUGGGAGAGGUAGGGAUGGAGCCCAGGCUGAAGAGGGGAUAGAGGAAGGAGGAGGGGCCCGAGGCAGUCGGCCAGGUGUGGAACUUCAGCUUGUCCAAUCACAAUCACAAUCAUCAUCGCAGGAGGAAGAGGCGGAGGGGUUUGGGAGUAGCAUCACAGCUCUGGUUUUACGGCAACCGAUGAAGUACAGGAAGACACUGAUCUAUCUGGCCCUCACGGCACUACUCAUAUUUACUACAGCAUUCCUGUUGGGAUAUGUGGCAUUCCGGAGGUCGUGCCAGUACUGUGGAGAUGAUGAGGACCUGGUGCCAGUGGACGACCCUCCAGGGCUGCCCCAUUACCCAGAGGGGGACCUCCACAUGGGGGAGCUGCGGGACAUGCUGAAGAAAUAUUUCAGUGAGGAAACACUGGACAGCACUAUUAGGCGAGUUAGCAGGGCCACCCACCCACCUGGUUCCUCAGAGGGGAACGACCUGGCUCGAGAGAUCCUUCAGAGCUUCCAGAAGCUGCGCAUGGACCACACCUGGACCGACUCCCACUAUGCCACUCUACAGUUCCCCUCCAGGACCCAGAGGAAUGCCCUGUGGAUAGUUGAUAAGAAUGGGGUUGAGCUGGAGGAGAUCCCGCUGAAUGCUGAAGAUUACUGUGCCUACAGCCCCACCGGCACAGCCACGGGGGGCGUGAUGUAUGUGAACUACGCACGGGCAAAGGACUUUGACACACUGCGUUCCCUGGGCCUGUCGCUAGAGGGAGCCAUCGCCCUGGCGAGGGUUGGUGGGGGUGUGAGCUUUGCGGAGAAGGUGCGUCAUGCCCAGAGGGCGGGCAUGGUGGGCGUGCUGGUGUACCCAGACCCUGCCGACGUGCCCCAGGACCCGCGCAGACUAGGCCUCAGCAGCGACACAGCCAUCUCCGAACACGUUCAUCUGGGCUCUGGGGACCCCUUCACCCCUGGAUUCCCCUCCUUUAACCACACCCAGUUUCCACCCAUGCAGUCGUCUGGCCUGCCUCUCAUCCCGGCACAGCCAAUCAGUGCCAACGUGGCCUCAAUGCUUCUGAGACAGCUGGAGGGUGUGGCGUGUCCACGGGGCUGGCAGGGCCGUCUGCAGAUCUACGUGUACGUCAGGUGUGUGCUGGGGCCCUCUCUCACCGGAGGCACUGGACGGCAGGUGCGCAUGGGGGUGUUCAACAGCAUGACACCUGUACUCCUCAACAACAUAUUUGCCUCCUUUGAAGGCAAGGUUGAACCAGAGCAAUAUAUAAUCAUAGGGGCCCAGAGAGACUCUUGGGGUCCAGGAGCAGUCAAGUCUGGUGUGGGCACAGCCCUCCUGCUGGAGCUCGCCCGCACCUUCAGCUCCAUGGUGCAGAACGGCUUUUACCCCAGGAGGAGUUUGCUGUUUGUCAGCUGGGAUGCUGGUGACUUUGGUAAUGUGGGUGCCACUGAGUGGCUUGAGGGUUAUCUGUCCAUGCUUCACCUGAAAGCUGUGGCCUACUUCAGCCUGGACCAAGCAAUAAUGGGUGAUGAUGAGUUAUCUGCUUAUGCAAGUCCUCUUCUUGUGGAUCUAAUAGAAGGAGCCAUUAAGCAGGUGGAGCACCCCAAGCAUCCUGGCCAGUCUAUUCUGGCCCAGCUGGAGAGCCAGGGAGGGAACUGGAAGAGCCACAUAGUUAAACCCCUGUAUUUGAACAGUGGUGCUUACAGCUUUACUGCCUUUGGAGGGGUGCCUGCUAUGGAGCUGCGCUUCAGUGAGGCGGUGCGUGCCUACCCCUUUGUGAACACCCAGUGGGACAGUGCCAGUCGGCUGCAGGAGCGUCUGCAGGGCCAGCUGAGCUCAGUGGGGCGCACCAUUGGGGAGCUGGUGGGCCUCAUGGUCCUCCGCCUGGCCCAUCAUGCCGUUCUGCCGCUCAACCCCACCUGCUACACCGGCACCAUGCUCCAGUUCAGCUCACAGCUCAACCAGCAUUCCGCUGAGCUACAGGCUCGUGGUCUGUCACCCCAGUGGGUCUUUAGUGCCAGAGGAGACUACAGCAGAGCUGCCAAGACCCUGAAGGAGUCCAUCCAGAACAGUGACAUGGACGACGAGAGAGUGACUCGCCUUUACAACACUCGCAUCAUGAGGGUGGAGUACUACUUCCUCUCUCUUUACGUGUCGGCAGUGGAGACUCCUUUCCGGCACAUUCUGCACGGCCGAGGCAACCACACACUGAGUGCCCUGACAGAGCACCUGGCCCUGCUCCGCACCCAGCCCCACCUGUUCGACGAGGCCCGUUUCCGACGCCAAUUAGCCCUUUUCACCUGGACCCUGCAAGGAGCUGCCAACGCCCUGAGCGGAGACGUGUGGAACAUUGACAACAUAGUCUAGAACCUUCCAAAAUGUUCCUCCCACGGGAAGAGCAGCAGGCUCCAAGAGAGUCUGCCUAUAGCAAAUCAUCAAGAGUUACACUCUGGACUCAGAACACUCAGGUCUUUGCCCUCGAUUUGGAGAAGCUGCUGCUACCACUUCCUAACAAUCCUAAAGAUCAAAUUCUUAUGUAAAUGAGCACUUUUUUAGUGCACUGUAACAUCGGAGAACUGAAUUAUUUAUUUACCCUGAAAUCAUUUUAAUUUUUUGACAACACAAAAUGACUUACUGCAGCUUUAGACAUUUUAAAUUCCAUGUAAACAAAUAGCGAUUGCAUUCUUCUUUAAACAAACACCAAGAAAUAACAGGGUGACCUGUUAGGCGGCCUAGUUAAACUCCCAUACUGCCAUCCCAUAAUAAUUUAAUAUUGCACCUUGGUUACAGUCUGUGGCUCUGUGUACAGUUUUUCUCCUCCUUUCUCUGUUCUGAUUAACAUUCAAUUUAUGGCGAUUUCUCUAUGAUUCUUUUUUAUUGCCAAGUGAUAAUAAGUUUGUUACCAAUGUCAACAGUAAUUAUCGGGGGCAGGGACUCCCAUAAUUAUGACAGUCAUACUGUCGUCCAAUCACGAAGCAGCAUCUGCUAACAAUCAACUUAGUUAUUGGUGCACAGGUGUCAGGAUGGUGACAUCAUAGGGCAUGAGCAUGUUUGUGGUUUAUGGAGAGCAUUUGCCCUGCCUGUUCUGUCUGUACUGUGUGCCAAUAAAGUUUAGUUUUUUUCUUGUUGCACUA